AUGUCUGAGAUCGUCGUUACCGCCAUCAUUACGCCCAAGGCUGGCCAGCCGGCCGAUCAGAUCGAGAAGAGUCUCACCGACCACGCUGCGUGGGUGCAGCAGAAUGAGCCAGGGACCCUUCGCUAUGCGCUGCACAAGUCUAUUGGUGACGGCCCGACUGUUUUCACCAUGAUCGAAGCGUACAAGGACAAGGCCGCUCUUGACGCGCACUCGAAAUCGCCCAGGUUCAAGGAGUUGGCUCCUCAGCUUCUUGCCAUCGCGGACAUGCAACUCUUUGUGUCGCAACCGGUUGGUGGCUUUCAGGCCAGGACUUCGGAGAGCUCCAAGAUCUAA